AUGUUGGCCUCUAACAGAGGAACCCUCAUGGAAUUGGGUAUCACCCCAAUUAUUUCCUCCGGCAUGGUCUUCCAGCUUCUUGCUGGAACCCAACUCAUCGACGUUAACCUCGACCUCAAAACCGAUCGCGAACUUUACCAGACUGCCCAAAAGCUCUUCGCUAUCAUCUUGUCUUUCGGCCAAGCCUGCGUUUACGUCCUUACUGGCCUUUAUGGUCAACCCAGUGACUUGGGAGCCGGUGUCUGUGUCCUGCUCAUCGUCCAACUUGUUGUUGCCGGACUCGUCGUCAUUCUCCUGGAUGAGCUCUUGCAGAAGGGUUAUGGUCUUGGAAGCGGUAUCUCGCUCUUCAUCGCUACUAACAUCUGCGAGUCUAUCAUCUGGAAGGCCUUCUCUCCCACUACUAUCAACACCGGCCGUGGACCUGAGUUCGAAGGCGCUGUCAUUGCUCUCUUCCACCUCUUGCUCACCUGGCCCGAUAAGCAGCGCGCUUUGUACGAGGCAUUCUACCGCCAGAACCUCCCCAACAUCAUGAACCUCAUUGCCACUCUUGUCGUUUUCGCCGCUGUUAUCUACCUCCAAGGUUUCCGUGUUGAAAUUCCCGUCAAGUCCUCCCGCCAACGUGGUGUUCGUGGAUCCUACCCCGUUCGUCUCUUCUACACCUCCAACAUGCCAAUCAUGCUCCAGUCCGCCCUCUGCUCCAACGUCUUCUUGGUCAGCCAGAUGCUGUACUCCCGCUUUUCCGACAACAUUCUUGUUAAGCUUCUUGGUGUUUGGGAGCCUCGCGAGGGUGGCUCUGCUCAACUCUACGCUUCUUCCGGUAUCGCCUAUUAUAUGUCUCCACCAUUCAACUUUAAGGAAGCUCUCUUGGAUCCCGUCCACACCGUCUGCUACCUCAUCUUUAUGCUGGUCGCCUGUGCCCUCUUCUCUAAGACCUGGAUUGAGGUCUCCGGCUCUGCUCCACGGGAUGUUGCCAAACAGCUCAAGGAUCAAGGAUUGGUUAUGGCUGGACACCGUGAACAGAGCAUGUACAAGGAACUCAAGAGAAUCAUUCCUACCGCUGCCGCUUUUGGUGGUGCCUGUAUUGGCGCCUUGUCCGUGGCCAGUGACCUCAUGGGAGCUCUAGGAAGUGGAACCGGUAUCCUUCUCGCAGUAACAAUUAUCUAUGGCUACUUCGAAAUUGCCGCUCGGGAAGGUGACUUCGGUGCUGGUCUUAAAGGCCUAGUCCCUGGCAACUAA